UUCGAGCGAUUUUUUCAAAUAAAUCAGAAUUAGUUGUGAACUUAGCGUGAAAGCUUGAAAGUCUGACGCAGCAGCAGUGACAGUGUUUUAAUAUCACGAACACUCCUUUCUUUUAAUUUUAUAUAAAAUGAAACAAAUCACUUUCACAUUACUGUUAUUGCUGCUGCUGGCGCACAGCUACGGCAGUCCAGCGGCACAACACAUGCGCUCAAAUGCCAAAGCUUUGCAGAAUUCGCACGCAGCGCGUCAGCUGGCGCCGUAUCCAGCGGCAGGCUACAGUCCGAAGGUGCCCUUUGAACUACCGACCGACCAGGCAGCCGAAGCGGCAGCAGAAGAGGUGACAACAGCGACGACCACACAGCUGGAAGUGGAAGAUGACGCAGAAACUGACGCAGAAGCGGCUGAAGAUUUGGCCGAAGAUGUGGAUCCGAUCGCGGCCGAUGCGGCCGAGGAUGACACGGAACCCUUGCCGGAACCGGACGCGCGGGUGAGCAGCAAAGACGACGAAGAGCAGGAUGAGAACGCAGACAUUAUACCCGAAAGCCCUGCUGGUCCCACACCGAGCAAGCGCUAUUGGUUCUUUCGAAAAUGAGUGAGAGUGCGAAGCAGUUUGGCAAAUGUUAUGUAAUAUAAACAAUAAAUAUUUUUUUGCUUUUGCUUCAAACUAAUUUAUUUUGAUAAAUAAAACAAUGUAGCAAAGCUGAGUGAGUGACUUUUCUGGCAGUACAAUGUUUGCAUGUCUGGAUGAAAGCUACCAAACGCACAGUGGACGGCUGCGUUGCGACAGGCAGGCGGCAAACUUGCAAUAACGGUAUUUGCACAAGGCAAACAACAAGCAAACUAGCAAACUUUGCGCAAACAUUUUCUUUAUUUGCAUCUUUUUGCAUACG